CCACUGCCUAAAGUGCUGGCAUCCAGCCUCUAGGUACCUUCCCUACGUAAGUUCGAAGGUCUUCCUAUGAUGUUAUCGUACCUGAUAGGAAGGCGUGUCACUAUCUGGCCUGCACUAUCUGACCUGUUGCCCCUCCAUCCUGUCACAGCCUUGCCCUUCCCCCCCCAGCUGCCUUCUCGAGCAACAGACCAGGGGAUGCCUCAGCUUGCCUCUUAGCUUCGCACUUCAGGAACCGCACACCUAACCGACACACCUCUCUUUUGACAACCGCCGGACCGGCUUAAGAUCUGAUCAACUUGGGUGGGUAGGCUGUUUGACAAUCAGCUUGUCCUAGUUUUACUCUGCUCGAAAAAUAGAAAAGAAACACCAUCGAGCAUCGUCAUUUCGUUGUCGGCCGCGGAGCUCUUUUCAUUCACCAGAGGCAACGGCAUCAUCGGGCGCAGAUUCCCUCGACAUUCAACGCCUCCUCUAAUCGAUAGCUUUUCCCCAGCUUUAGAUUACUCUUGUUUCUCUUUGGCUCCUUACCAUGGCUUGUCCGCAUUUGGAGUCGAUUUCCCUGAGUCCCCCGACCCCAGCCCAGUCGGUCUAUCGAGAAGACUGCACCCAAUGUUUCGAUUCCAUUGACGACCCUCAAGGGCUGGAUGUCUGCCUCCAGUGCUUCAACGGCGGUUGCGUGGGUCCGAGGGCCCAUUCCCAGCUUCACCACGUCGUCCGCAGCCACCCUCUCGUGCUCAACAUUCGGCGAACGCGGAAACAUGUCGUUAAGGACGAGCCGCCUGCCAAGAUGACAAAGCUAGCCAUCGCCGCUGAAACCGAGGCCGAUCGCUACGACAUCACCACCGUCGUCCGAUGUCUCGAGUGUUCCACCGACCUCGACAAAUCCUCCCCCAAGCUGGCGCCUAUUGUCGAUGGAAUUCUCAAGGCAAACACGUUCUCGCGACAAGAAGAAGUUAAAGCCUGGGAGCAAGAGCUGACAUCUUGCGAGCACAUCCUCCUCCUGCAGCAGCACGAGGGCCGUAAGAUCCAAAGUGGUGAUCUAGGCCACUGCUCAAAGUGCGAUCUCAAGGAGAACCUGUGGUUAUGUCUCGAAUGCGGCAACUUGGGCUGCGGCAGGGCUCAAUUCGGCGGCGUAGGCGGCAAUUCCCACGGGCUGGCGCAUGCCACCGAGUCGGCGCAUGCCGUUGCCAUCAAGCUGGGGUCCAUCAGUCCCGAGGGAACGGCGGACGUAUACUGCUAUCAGUGCGACGAAGAGCGUGUAGACCCGGAAUUAGCCACCCAUCUGGCACAUUGGGGCAUCAUACUUUCCGACCAGGUCAAGACGGAGAAGAGCUUGACCGAGAUGCAGAUUGAGCAGAAUCUACGAUGGGAGUUCUCCAUGACUACCGAGGAUGGAAAGGAGCUGAAGCCUCUGUUCGGGCCCAGCCUCACCGGGUUGAAGAACCUCGGGAAUAGCUGCUACCUCGCGAGCAUUCUCCAGUGUCUGUUUGACCUCCCCGCAUUCCAGGCGCGAUAUAAUGCUCCUGGCGCAGACCUGCCCAUUGUACCCGACCCAGCCCAGGAUCUGGAGACGCAACUACGCAAACUGGCCGAUGGCCUCUUGUCUGGCCGCUAUUCCACCCCGGAUUCUCACGUCAUUGCCUCGGAGAAUACCCCUGAGAUGGGGCACCAGAGAGGGCUAUCACCUAGCAUGUUGAAGCACCUGAUCGGCCGGGGCCACGCUGAGUUCUCUACGAUGCGCCAGCAAGAUGCUUUCGAGUUUCUCCAGCACCUGAUCAAACUCAUCACUAGAUCGCAGAACUCUCCUAAUCUUGCCGACCCGACUCAGCCAUUCAGAUUCGUCCUCGAGCAACGACUGCAAUGCCUCAGGUGCAAGAAGGUCCGAUAUACUACUACUGAGCAGGAUAGCAUAUUUAUCGAUGUGCCCCUCAAAAAGUUGCCGGCUGUUGAAGGCGAAGGGGACCGCUACGAGCCCGUAGCUUUGAAGCAAUGCCUAGACACCUUGACCGGCUCGGAGUUUGUCGAAUUAACCUGCCCAUCUUGCGGAAGCAAAGACGGGUUCACCAAGCGACUGCUAUUCAAAACUUUUCCGACUACCCUCAUCGUCAAUGCGCGCAAGAUGACGAUCGAGAAUUGGGUCCCUCGCAAGGUUGAUGUCCCGGUAAUCGUCGGGGAUGAGCCCUUCCUCCUUGACGAAUAUGUCUCCCCGGGCCUUCAGCCAUCCGAAGAACCCUUACCGGAAGAGGAGCCGGCGUCCGCUCCGGCCUUCGUGCCCAACCAAAGCGCCCUGGAUAACCUUAUGGUAAUGGGAUUCCCUCGCAACCGCUGCGAGAAGGCACUAUACGCUACCGGUAAUUCGGACGCAGACUCCGCCAUGGAAUGGUUGUUCGGCCACAUGGAGGACCCCGACAUUGACGAACCUCUUGUUAUCGCACCCUCGACGAAGGGGGCAAGUGCUGCAGAGGUGGAUCCUGAAAAGAUCGAGAUGCUCGGCGCUAUGGGUUUUGCCGCACCCCAGGCUCGCAAAGCUCUCAAGGAAACCGGCGGGGAUGUUGAGCGUGCAGUGGAGUGGCUGUUCAGCCAUCCGGAUGACCAAGGUGACUUCGGCGACGAACCCGCACCUACGGCAGAGAAGAAGGUGGCGGUACUCGUUGGCAGGGAAGACUUGCCCGCCAAGUUCCAGCUACAGAGCAUCGUAUGCCACAAGGGCACCAGCAUCCACACAGGGCAUUACGUGGCGUUCACUCGCAAGCAGCUCGAUACCAGCGAACCCAAGUGGGUUCUCUUCAACGACGAGAAGGUUGUGGAGGCGGGCGAUGUAGAGGAGAUGAAGAAGACGGCAUAUGUCUACUUCUUCAACGGCGUGAAUUGAUAGAAUCGACGGCGGGGAUUCGGUGGACAACGGGUUUUCCCGAAAAAGAAAAUGGCGUUUUAUAGGGUUCAAGGUCGUGUGCAGAGCCCCAGGUCGGGAUCUAAACGACAAUUGCCGCCAAUUGUCCUGGUGAUGCUGCUUGUUAGCAUGAUGUAUAUGAGAGACAAGGGACGAGGGACGAGGGGAAAUCACACGAUACAAGGGCGGCUGAGGAAUUCAAAAUUAAGCAUAGACGCAGCUGAGAGCUGCCCGGCGCUGGCGGUUGCAUGGGUUAGAUGGACCAGAUAG